AUGGCCCAAGCACUUGGUGACAUGGAGCCAGCGGAGGCAGAAUCCGUCUAUUUCAACGAAUACCCCCCGCCGAAAGCCCUCCCCAGACACGAAGCCCUCGCCCGAGCCUUCAUCGACCUACACGUCGCAGCCAACAGGCGUGUGGUACUCGUCACCUCCGGCGGAACAACAGUACCCCUGGAGACGCAGACCGUGCGCUUCAUCGACAACUUCUCUGCCGGAACCCGCGGCGCCACAUCAGCCGAAUACUUCCUGCAGGAAGGCUAUGCAGUCAUCUUCUUACAUCGGCAGUACAGCCUGCUGCCAUAUUCGCGCCACUACAGCCACUCGACGAACUGUUUCCUAGAUUUCAUGGACGAGGCCGCACCGGCAGCUGAUUCGCCGAAUGCAGACCACGGCUCCAUCCAGGUACGCAGCGAGUACCAGGACGAGAUGCGCGACGUGCUGCGCAAGUACCGCUACGCAAAGCAGAACAACCGCCUCCUCUUGCUGCCCUUUACCACUGUCGCAGAAUACAUGUUUGAGCUGCGCUCGCUGGCGAAAUUGAUGCGGCCGCUUGGCCCCAAUGCGCUGUUCUACCUUGCGGCGGCUGUCAGCGAUUUCUUCAUUCCGCGCAGCAGGAUGGCCGAGCAUAAAAUUCAGUCUUCGGAAAUACCGGCACACUUGGAGAAUAAUAGUGCGCUCGGCUCGGACCGCGAGGAGGAAAUAUAUACCGGCGAGCCCUUGACCCAGCCGCCGAAGAAUUCGAAGAAGCUCGUCGUCAAUCUUGAUCCCGUCCCGAAGUUCCUGCAUCGUCUUGUUGAUGGGUGGGCGCCUGAUGGGAGCAUGGUUGUUUCGUUCAAGCUGGAGACGGAUCCGUCGUUGUUGGUGUAUAAGGCGCGGACGGCACUGCAGCGCUAUUCCCACCACCUGGUUAUUGGUAACCUUCUUUCCACGCGGAAAUGGGAGGUUGUUUUUAUCACGCCGGACCCACCACAUGAGCGAUGGUUGAGAGUGCCUAAGGCUCGGCGCAGUAAGAGUAUUUCUGGUGUGGAGGAUCAGGUCGGGCUUGCGGAGAUCAUGAAGGGUAAGGCCGCUGAACAACAACAACCAUCACAGACGGAAGAGAAUCCGCCACCAGGUGAAAGAGAUCAUGAUGGCAUUGAGAUUGAGAGUCUCAUUAUUCCGGAGUUGGUUAAACUGCAUGAUAAAAUGAUUCAAAAGAAGACGCCCGAUCAACAAUGA